AGAGCGGUUCCUAGAAUGUUAAUCUUUUGGCUGACUUUGUCUUGGAUCUUUCUGAGCUCAGCUCAGAUAGUAAACGUGCCCUACAAUUAUUGUGUUAAUUACUUUAAAUACGAGACGGUCGAAGAUGGUAGUGCAUAUAUGGGCAUAUUCACAGCACCAUCAGGUCCAAAUUUAUUGUAUAAGUGGUCCGCAACAUUCGAUAUUCAUGGGCAUAGCGGGAUUUUUCUGAGUCCGCUAAUGCCGUAUACCAACAACAAUUCAAAUGAUCAGCGUGGUCAAGUAUUCGUUUACUUUGUGAAUAUCAAAAGUGAACUGCCCAAGUUAACCCAUUUGAGUCUGAAUGGACACACGCUGUGCAAUGUUACUGGAUAUGGAAGACCUUCUACAAAAAUUACUGUGCAAUAUCAAAUGGAUCUGUCGGAAAGCUAACGUAACUAGAUACAAAUUAAAAAAUAAGCUUUUUGAACUGCUUCGGGUAUUUUAAAUUGCCAUUUUUACAGCUUAACUUUAAAGUUCUAUUCAGUUUUUAUGCAAAGCUUUGUAAAAUUCCAUAUGAUAGAAAAGUUAAACAAAUUCAUUCUGUUUUUUUCUGACAAAAAUAUUAAAAUCUGUAUUGAAAUAUUUCGAAAACGGGAACACGUCUAAGUACAUCAGGAGUUUUCCCUUGACGUCGCAUGCGAACAUUUGACAGCAAGUUAAAUGGCGUCACAGUGGAACUUUAUCGCUGCCGUCGGAGCGUUGCUAAUUUUGACUGGCCCCCAAAAAUCAAGCUCGCGACUGGAGCCUCCUCCGCGUGAAGCACCUGAUGGAGGACAUCCUUGAAAGAGUAAGCCCCUUGUAAUUUGCACAGCGGGAUAGCAACGCAUCGUUGGGCCCUGCUCCUCCGUUUCGUCUCCCUUGCUCCUUCUGUUCUUCCAGCUCCAGCACCCAAUAAACAUGCAUAUUAAUGACCGUGAGUCCGGCGCCGGUGAACUCGGAGUCUGUGCGCCCAUUUGCCUUGCAAAGCGAUCAAAUGAAUCAACGAUACUUGCAAUUUCCGUGUCGACUCUUUAUGCGAAUGCAUCUCGGAAUGCUGGAGAUGAAUCUGGGACUGGUAACGGAGCCGAAGGAGGAUGACAGCGACAGCGGAUGCAGGAGCUUACCCAGAAAGCACUCAAGGAGCUGAGGGGCGGAAUGAAUGGAGCACUCGAAAGGAGGAGGGCGACGUCGAUUCAAGUAACCGAAGAUUCGGAUGGUGUCAUGAAUUUAUGGUGCAGGGAUAUUAAAAUGUCCCUCAUCCUUAAAACUUGUUUUCCUUUGACCUAGAUAAUUUAUUAUUCAAUAAUUCAAAAAUAUACCGAAUAUAUUUACUUAAAGU